GCAGAUACGAUGCCAGAGAUUCUCUGGAGUGAAAAGCUACCCGUGGCGCUAAAUUGGACUAGCCAUCGCAGAAGAGGCAGCGAAUUGGUCGAUGUUUGUUUAUAGGGUCAACUUCUCCCGCCUACCGAACAGUAUUUACACGAGGCAUAAAUAUAAUGUAUCUUAAAUCCACUCAAAAUAUGCCAGCUCUACAGGAAUUACUGAGUUUCUCGACGGAGGCUUACUCUUAACGACGAACAUCCUGUAAGAAUCAGCUUCGAACGAAUCCCACGUAGAGAGAGCAUGCCGAUUCGCCGCGGACGUUUUGCCCCACAGAACACUUUUCUAGAGACGAUCGCACAGAAAUUCGACCGAGGCAAUAGUAACUUUGUCCUCGGUGGUGCGCAAGAAAAGAACAACUACCCUAUAGUGUAUUGCAGUGAUGGCUUCUGUGAACUCACGGGCUUUUCGCGAAGCGAACUCAUGAGGCGAAGUUGUGGUUGUAAUUUUUUAUACGGCUUGGAGACAAACCAGGACGACAUAACGAGCAUACAAAAAGCCUUUAAGGCGCAAGUGGAACUGAAGAAGGAGAUUAUGUUCUACAAAAAGAACGGAUCCCCAUUUUGGUGCUUAUUAGACAUUGUUCCAAUCAAGAAUGAGAAAGGCAAUGUGGUUCUUUUUCUUGCUUCACAUAAAGACAUAACUAAGAGGAAGAUUAGCGGAGAAAUCCCCGAGCAGGAUGUGGCUUCCGUUUCGGGUGGCACUGAAAAGUUGAGUAGGUCUCGUUCCAGGAAAUUCAGCAGAGAUGUUCUUCUUCACUUGUCGAGACAAUACGCGCAGAGUACUGGUCCUGCGAACAAAGCGAAUCCACGAAGACCUAUUAAGAGAGCGCGAUCGUUUUCGUUUAAUUCCGAGCGACUACCUCAAUACAAGCGAGAGACAGACAAGAAAUCAAAGUUUCUUUUUCUACACUAUAGUAACACCAAAGGAUUCUGGGAUUGGUGGAUACUCAUCUUGACAACCUAUAUUGCAAUCAUGGUCCCUUAUAACGUCGCUUACAGGAGAAACGAUCGGAAAAGGGACCUAAUUAUAUUUGAUAUGGUUAUAGAGUUAUUUUUUAUUAUGGACAUCGUGGUUCACUUUCGUACUUCCUUCGUGGACCCAAGUGGACGGAUUAUAUAUGACCAGAAAAAAAUAGCGAUUCAUUACCUUAAAGGAUGGUUUGUUUUGGACUUUCUGGCAGCAUUGCCAUUCGAGGCUUUAUAUUUUGUCAAUCAAACUUGGGCACAUUCAACAUUUGAUAGAAAAGGCUCUUCAUUCAAUGAGGGUUUUCUUAUUCAACUUCUUAAAUGCGGGCGCCUUCUCCGACUCUUUCGCGUAGUUCGUAAGCUUCACCGCUACACUGAAUACAGUGCUAUACUAUUGACUCUUCUUAUGAUAGCAUUUGCGAUGAUGGCUCAUUGGCUUGCCUGUAUCUGGUAUGUGAUUGGUCUAUCUGAAGUCUUAGAAAAUUCAACAGUAAGUUGGCUGUAUGCGCUUGGCGAGACAAUCAACAAACCGUACGUGAACUUUACGGCAGAGACUGGACCCGACGAAGGGUCCGCUUACAUCACCGCUUUGUAUUUUACGCUGACCAGUAUGACAACGGUAGGAUUUGGUAACGUGGCAGCAAACACGAAUGGCGAAAAAGUGUUUGCUGUUGUUACAAUGCUGAUUGGAGCAUUGAUGCAUGCCGCUAUAUUUGGAAAUGUAGCCGCUAUCAUUCAAAAGUUAUACGCCAACCGAGUUCGCUACCAUUCCCGCGCGAACGAAAUCAAACAGUUUAUCAGAGUUCACAGAAUUGAUCAAGAUUUAGCUAAUAGGCUUGAAGAUUAUUUCCACACUACAUGGUCUCUUUCUGGAGGUGUCGAUACCAGCGAGAUUCUCACCACGUUUCCGGAGGAACUCCAGUCAGACGUGUGCAUGCAUUUGUACAAAGGCCUAUUGGAGCUCAGCCCCUUUAACCUGGCCCCACGCGGCUGUCUUAAAAUGCUCUCGCCCCAGGUCCGCACGGUUUAUAUUGGGCCAGGCGAGGUGCUUUUGGCUCAAAAUGAUGUCAUUAACUCCAUUUAUUACAUCGCUAAUGGGUCAAUGGAGGUGUUACAAGGGGAAUCUGUGGCAGCCAUUCUUGGAAAAGGAGAUCUUUUUGGCGAAGACAUUUCACGGAGAACUCCCGCAAAGAGAGCUAAUGGUGAUGUCAGGGCCCUGACUUAUUGUGACGUGUACUUCAUCACACGUGAUCGCUUGCAGAAUGUUUUGCAUUUUUAUCAAGACUUUGCUUUUAAGUUCUCCGAAAGUCUUGAGCUCACGUACGACCUGGGAGCAAGUGAGCGCGAUAUUUGGCGAAGGGGAGGCCUGGACUCGAUUUCAGAAGACGAAGAAGAAGACGAUGAAGAAACGGAGACUAAUGCACUUGAUGGCGUGUUUAAUCACGUGAACCACACCAGUCAUUCAAAAAAUUCCUAUAGCAACGCAACUCGGUUCAACAGAAGGCCUGGAAACACGUUGAAUCUGUAUAGAAAACCUAAUCACUUAAAGCUUUCAGAAUCAUGGACUGGACUAAUGAAAAACAACUCGUCGGAAUUGAGAAACCGAUCGAAUCACGUCGAUAAACGACCGUUAUCUGUCUCAUCUCCUGAAGACGAAACAUCAAGACCUCAAUCUCCGCGAUCCCUUGUGCGUCAGCUCGCUGUGGAAGUGAAUGCUGGCUCAAUAAAUAAUAAUGCAUUGGACUUUUCUCCUGAAGAGAAAUCUUCGAGUGAACCGUUUACUGAUCGAAGUCUUGAGUGGGAUCAAGAGAAUUUCUCAUUAAAAAAUGAAGCAAAUUCACCGAAUGGUGAAAAGGAUGGAGGCCAGUGUCUCGAAAUGAAGAAAGUGGAGACAAAAAGUUCGGCGAGUUUAAUGGGAGAAAUUGAUGAAGAAGAAGAAAAUGAUGAACGUGACAAACUUCUUUUACGACACUCGUUCUCUGAAGAUGAAUCCAUCGACGCAAAUUCACAGGCGAGUGAUUCCCCUGUGUUGUCAAAAAGAUUCAGCCAAGACUUUUCCACGCAUCUUUCAUUGGGCUGCGAGGGGAUCGAUGCUUCCUCACUGUUCGCAAACGGAGAUAAAAAAGCUGCUGAAAAGGACGAAGACACUAGUAAUUAUUAUCCGAAAAGAAUAACCGAAGAGGACGACAACGAUUGCUAUCCAAGAAGAAUAACUAUGGCAGAAGACAAUCCGUGCAGGUUAAAUGACAGUAUUGGCGACAUAAGGAAGAGUUUAUAUGAUGAUGUUUUCGACAGUUCUAGUGAUCUCCACAAUACAGACACUCCGAUAGGUUUAUUUGACAAUGGUAUUGGAGACACUGUGGGAGGCUCAUGCGACGAUGUUGAUGGUAACUGUUUCUCUGAUUUGGAUACCUCGUCUAGUAUAACCAGACCUCCUCGUUAUAUUUCGUCACCAACUUUCAGCAACCGACACAGGAAUUCUGGUCAAAGUACGGUUACUUCACCUGUGGAGAGUGUGCGCGGAAGUUGUAGAAGUGGCCUCUCUGAGCUCCCAUUCAGAGGGAGCUUCACGGAUGGUCCUAACAGUCCAUAUGGAGAACCAAGGGGAUCUUCAUUCUCUCCUUACUGUGAAGGCGCUCGAGCGAGCCGUCAAAAUUCUGCUGAAAGUUCAAGGAAUUCUAUCCAGUCGCGUGGAUUUGAAACACAAAAUAGUCCGCGAAAUAAACUAAUGAGUGUUGUUUCUGGUUUUAGGGCACCAAGUCCCUAUGGCGGAAGCCUUAAAGACGGACAAACGGUUUCUCGUCCAAAGCGCGGUCGAAAUGGGGGCUUAAGGCGCACUUUAACUGAAUUCUAUUCGCCAACCAAUUCCAACAGUUCUCUUAAUGAGAAACCAGCACCACCAGGGAGGAGGAGGAAAGUUUCCGGGGCUAUUAAACCCCCUGCGAUAUUUGCACCGCUUGUUACAAACGUAAGCAGCCCUUAUAAGGACUUUGUACCACCUAUGCGGGAGUCUGCGAUCACGUGUGAUUGUGAGGCCCUGCAUGCGCAUGACGCGACAUGUGAGAAUCGGCAAUUGAGCCCAGACAGUGAAAAAGAUGGCUGUGAAGAAAGGAAAAGUGACCAUUUUGACACAGAUAAUUCUGAAGAUAGAGGAAAGGACUUCUUCGGAGACGCUGGAAAUCUGAUCGCCGAGAAACAACUCAGACGCCUUAGUGGCAGAGAUAACGAUCGUCUUUUGAGGGAAAAUUUGCCCAUGUCUAGAUCCACAUUAUCCUCUCAAGCAUCGAUGACCAAAAGAGAACUCGAAAGCGAUCCUUCCCAAAAAAUUGAUGACUCAUCAAUUGAAUGCAAUUCCGUUAAAGAGAUUGAUGACGACUUCGAACGAAGGUUCUCGAUCUCGUCCUAUUCAAACACUAAUCACCGACCCAGUCUCUCUGGGGCUUAUUCUACCGAGUGCAUCGAAAAGGAAGAGAUCCCGGAGAGCGAUGAGCAGGGGCAACUAUUUCGGCCUAUGCGAUCCAGCUUCUCAGAACCGCACUUAAGUCUAAGAACUCCUGUGCUAGAAGGAAUUGCAGAGCACAGAUUUUCCGAAGAGGAGCUACAGAUAGAUCAAAACAGCAUGGAGACCCAGGAUACACAUACAAGAAACCUAGAGGAAAUUUUUAAAGACGUUUGCAGCACCAAAGAAGCCAUAGAAAAAUUGGAGUUGAUUUUGAGCUCAUCUGAAACAGAUACUCAAACAGAUCUCGCGGACACGAAACAGACAGUUAAAAAACUAGAUAAACAGGUUUUGAAUCUAAAUAAAGAGGUGGAAUCUCUUAGCAGCGACGUAAAGAUGAUUUUGAAACUCCUAAAAAGCAUGAAGAAUGGCGAAGUUGUUGCUUAAUGCUAUACAAAUUGAAAAUAAAAGUAUAAAACCAUAGUGUUCGUGAAAGCUUCACGAAAGCACAAACAUGUGUACAUAAAGAGAUGUAAUUUUGUAAAAAGGCAACCAACAGAGAACAUUGCAAUAUACCUCUACUCGUUCCACUUUGACCAGAGGUUCCUAAUGCCAUUCAGGUGACGUCAUACUCUAAACUAAGCUUCUCCUUAGUCAUGAGCGCAUGACGUCAAUUUCACCACAUUGGUGUACCUGAACAAUACAUGUCGGCCAUAUUGGUGUACAAAAUCUUUUCCGUGGAAGUUCAAUACUCAAUUAUGCCGUCGGUCUCGCUGACGCGGGAAGAACUUACAAAAUGAUCCAAAUUUUAUAGAUAUGUAUAUUUUUCCAUAAACUCGUAAAUAGCAUUCAACAAUGAUAUUUUUAUGUGUACAUGCGAGGAAUGUAUUGAAAAAGUC